GCUGAACAUUCAAUAGCUAUCGAUACUUGUGGCAGUCACCGUGAACCAAGCAAUGGCUGUGCGCACAUCUCUCUUGUAUAAUGCCGCACGAUGGUUCAGCUGUUUAAAUACCUCUUAAAAUCAACUAAAUCGCCUGCUCGUGCCCAUUUCCGUCCCAGCUUUCUGGACACGCUGCGACUCGCAGUUCGAGGCGGACACGGCGGCAAUGGCUUACCGAAAUACGGGGGCGUGGGCGGCCAGGGCGGCUGUGUUUAUUUUGUGGCCAAGGAGGGACUUACACUACGGAAAAUGGCACAGGGACUGAAAGAGAGGCGUGUGGCGGCCAGCAGCGGCGAGGACAGCAGCAAGUUGAGCAUUUUUGGGAAACGCGGCGUGGACACGCGCAUCGAGGUGCCUGUCGGAGUGCAGGUGUACGACGAACAGCAGAAGCUGCUGGCGGACCUGAAUGAGAACGAUGCCACCUGCAUAGUGGCGGGCGGUGGAACCGGCGGCUGCACGGGCAACAAUUUCCUCGGCCACCCUGGAGAGAAUCGCAUUGUAAACCUCGAUCUGAAGCUCAUCGCAGACGUGGGUCUCGUCGGAUUUCCCAAUGCCGGCAAGAGCACCCUGCUCAAGGCAGUGUCCAAUGCCAAGCCAAAGAUUGCCGCCUAUCCUUUUACCACUAUUCGGCCACAGAUUGGAACCAUUGAGUACGGCGAUCUGCGCUCCAUCAGCUUGGCCGAUUUGCCCGGUCUGAUAGAGGGCGCUCAUGCCAACUUUGGCAUGGGCCACAAGUUCCUCAAGCACAUCGAACGCACUCGACUGCUGCUCUUCAUGGUGGAUAUAUUCGGCUUUCAGCUUAGUCCACGGCAUCCUCAUCGUGACUGCCUGGCUAACAUAUAUUCGCUCAACAAAGAGCUGGAACUGUACGAUCCCUCGUUGCUGGACAAACCCUGUGUGCUGCUGCUCAACAAAAUGGACAAGGAGGGUGCGCAUGAGAUUCUUACCAAAGUGAAACCAGCCAUAGAUGAUUUGUCCAUCGGCCUGGCCGACUGUCCGGAAGAGGUGCGCCCAAAGCGGGUCCUGAAAUUCGAGAGUAUUGUCCCCAUAUCGGCCAUUAAUUCGACAAAGGUAACGCAAGUCAAGUCGCAGCUGCGCCGAACGCUGGUGCGUCUGGCGGAGAAACAGUUUGUGACCGAUGGCGAAAAGAUUAAGGAGCAGUUGCAACAACGAGUGGGCCUGGUGGGGCCAAAGAUCACUUGAAAAUAGAUACAAAUCAAAAUAA